UUCAGUCGGAGAGCUGGGAGAGCGGAAUGGACGGGUGGUGCGUGACGUUUCACCAGCAAAAAUAGGAGAAGAAUACGAUUAUGAUUUAGUCUCACCCACUUAAAUCAAACCUAACUACUCGCUGUUUAAAUGGGUCAACUUUUCCGAGACGUCGGACGCAACCGUUUGUUGGCUAUUGAUGAGGACUGAACUUGGAUUUGAUAUCUAGUAACGUUAACGUUAUAGUUAGGUAAAUAGGCUCUCCCCUCUCGCUAGCUUGCUAACGGACUUGGUAGCCACUAGAACAUAAACAUGGAUGACGGGAAAAUGAUUUCUUUGUGGACCUUGAACUAAUUAUUCUGAUUUUAUAAAUUGUAAAUUAACGUUAGUUCUUAAACUUAACAAACGUUGGUUGCGCUGCCCAGUUUUUUUCCUCAAAAUUAAUAAUGGCUUGUUCGUUUUGUUAUCCUAGUAACGUUAGCUAACUAAUUAAGUUUACAGCAGUUUGUGAGACUGGUAAUACUUAUGGUAGCCACCGAACUCGGUCUGUGCUUAACUAGACAGGUUUAGGCUAAUUCAUUAGCACAGAUAGCCAUAUUUUGGCAAGCACUUUCGCUAAAUUGGCUCAUACUAGGAAAACAAUCAUUGGACUAAGCAUUAACGUUACUAUUCGCCCUGAAUUAAUCUGGGAAAGCCCAGCUAGAAUCGCCAACUUGCUAGCUACCAUUAUUUUUUACAUUGUCUGAAUGACUAGAUUCAAUCUACGUUGACUGCGCUGGAAGUUUACGAUCUAUCUAAGAUGGACAGGCUGUGGAGGCGUGACGUCCCCCCCGCGGAGCGGUUGGGGAAUAACUCCCCUCCGGGCCUGGCCCCGGGACCCCCCUCCACCAUGCCCCCCGCGGGCCCGAACAUCUCCUGGCUCCCGGAGGCCCCGCGGCUCAGCGCCGAGCAGCCCUUCUUCCUCAUGACCACCACUGCCCAGGCCGUGUCCGGCUUCUUCGUCUGGACCGCCCUGCUGCUCACCUGUCACCAGAUCUACAUGCACCUGAGAUAUUACAGCUCACCCAACGAGCAGAGGCACAUCGUGAGGAUCCUCUUCAUCGUGCCCAUCUACGCCUUCGACUCCUGGCUCAGCCUGCUCUUCUUCACCAACGACCAGUACUACGUCUACUUCGACACGGUGCGCGACUGCUACGAGGCGUUUGUCAUCUACAACUUCCUCAGCCUGUGCUAUGAGUACCUGGGAGGGGAGAGCUCCAUCAUGUCUGAGAUCAGAGGGAAGCCCAUCGAAUCCAGCUGUGUGUAUGGGACCUGCUGCCUCUGGGGAAAGACCUACUCCAUCGGCUUCCUCAGGUUCUGUAAGCAGGCAACCCUGCAGUUCUGUGUGGUGAAGCCCUUGAUGGCCAUGGUCACUGUCAUCCUGCAGGCAUUCGGAAAAUACCGGGACGGCGACUUCAACGUGGCCAGUGGGUACCUGUACGUCACCAUCGUGUACAACAUCUCGGUCAGCCUCUCUCUCUACGCGCUCUUCCUCUUCUACUUCGCCACCCGCGAGCUGCUGGUCCCCUACAGCCCCGUGCUCAAGUUCUUCAUGGUCAAAUCCGUCAUCUUCCUGUCCUUCUGGCAGGGCAUGUUGCUGGCCAUCCUGGAGAAGUGCGGGGCCAUCCCCAAAAUCAGCUCCGUGGCGGUAACUGUGGGUGAGGGCACUGUCGCCGCCGGCUACCAGAACUUCAUCAUCUGCGUGGAGAUGUUCUUCGCCGCCCUGGCCCUGCGCCACGCCUUCACCUACAAGGUCUACAUGGAUAAGAGGCUGGACUCCCAGGACCCAGUUCCGACAUACGGACAGUACGGCCGCUGUGCCCCCAUGAAGAGCAUCUCCAGCAGCCUGAAGGAGACCAUGAACCCGGGGGACAUGGUGCAGGACGCGAUACACAACUUCUCCCCGGCCUACCAGCAGUACACGCAGCAGUCCACCCUGGAGCAGCGCUCCGGCCCCCCCGUGUCCCGCAGCCACAGCACCGCCAGCGCCCGCGACAACGAGAAGACCCUGCUGCUCAGCUCCGACGACGAGUUCUAGAGCUCACACGGCCCCACCGCGCGGCACAGCCACACGCACACGCACGCGCACGCACGCACGCACACACAGACAACACUCAGUCACACACACACACACACGCACACGCACAUGCACACACACACACACAGACACAACACUCAGUCACACACACACACACACACACACACACACACUCAGUAACACACACACACACACACACACACACACACUCAGUAACACACACACAGUCACAACAUUCAGUCACACACACAUACACACACACACACACACACACUCAGUAACACACACACACACACACACUCAGUAACACACACACACACACACUCAGUAACACACACACACACACACUCAGUAACACACACAGUCACAACACUCAGUCACACACACACACACACACAGUCACAACACUCAGUCUCUCACACACACACACACACACGCACACACUCAGUAACACACACACACACACACACACACACACACACACACACACAAUCACAACACUCAGUCACACACACACAGUCACAACACUCAGUCUCACACACACACACACACAGUCACAACACUCAGUCACAACAACACUACCGCAGGCCCACAGGACCAGGCAGAUAGAGCGCGUGCAUACACACACACACACUUACCACGGAGGCACAGUGCUGUGUGCUUCUUUACUCUCUUCAGUCACACACACAUGCCGGGAAAGCAACUGGACUCGACGCGGUACGUUUUUGGAAGUGCCACAGCAAAACAAAAAACUGCCACCCUUCACGAACAUACGCACAAACUUGUGCACACACAUGCACGCACUCUCUCACGCAUGCACACACACACACACGCACGCACCAAUACACACCAAUGCUGUUCAGUAAUAUGCUGCACAGAUGUAUGAUUUUUCUUUCUUUCUUUUUUUUUUUUUUUUUAAAUCUUCGUUUUUACUCUGCAGUGGGUUCCCCGGGCAAUCCAUAAGUUCUGUAACUUAGACACAGCUCUAUACAGAAGGUAGAAGCAUACACUAAAUGCAGAGGCUUUGAAUCUGUGCACACACACACACACACACACUGUGCAAACACUCUCUGCACAUAAGAGCAAGUAAAGUAUGUCUCAGCAUAUGAAGUGAAAAACAGACCAAAACCAGGCUCCCACAUUUAGGGCAAUACGAACACGAUGUCAUGAGAUAUGACGUAAAGGCCAAAGCUGGCACGGAUUAAUUUAACUCCACUACUCCAUUCCCAUCGGGCAGAGCUCCUCCACAAAUAGAUGCCAAAUAGAACGGGAGUCUCUCCAAGUGGGAUCUUCAUAUGUAAGGCUUUGCUAUCCUUUUAUUUCUUCGAUUUAUUUAUUUAUUUUCGGGACUGGGUUUCCGCUAAGGUGUCAUGCAUCUUUGCUUGGAAUUAAUAUUAUGCGUGAUCUUUUUGUUUUGAGUUUGAAUUCCAUCCUGAAUUUCUCCUGGAACAUGCAGUGUUGGCAGUGUCCUUCUCCUUAGAGCAGUCCUGUUCGCUCCUGCAGUGGGAGAGCCUGUUGUCUCUGCUGUUCCUCACCACGUACCUGAUCAAGCAGGAGCAGCUGCUUGCAGGGUUGCCUGAGCUCCCCUGGGAUUUAGUGUUUGUGUUGGUUGCUGAUCUUUAAGGUGAGAACACAGAGGUCACACUGCGCCCCUCCCAGGGCAGGAGUGAGUUUGCAGGAGGAGGGGACACGGGGGGAGGCACAGUGCCCGUUAGCGUUAGCCGUGAGGGAGGGAGAGGCGCAGGGCCUGUUAGCGUUAGCUGUGAGGGAGGGAGAGGCUAGAAGCGCAGGGCCCGUUAGCAUUAGCCGUGAGGGAGGGAGAGGCGCAGGGCCCGUUAGCGUUAGCUGUGAGGGAGGGAGAGGCUAGAAGCGCAGGGCCCGUUAGCAUUAGCCGUGAGGGAGGGAGAGGCGCAGGGCCCGUUAGCGUGAGCUGUGAGGGAGGGAGAGGCUAGAAGCGCAGGGCCCGUUAGCGUUAGCUGUGAGGGAAGGAGAGGCGCAGGGCCCAUUAGCGUUAGCUGUGAGCGAGGAAUAGGCGCAGGGCCCGUUAGCGUUAGCUGUGAGCGAGGGAGAGGCGCAGGGCCCGUUAGCAUUAGCUGUGAGCAAGGGAGAGGCGCAGGACCUGUUAGCGUUAGCUGUGAGGGAGGGAGAGGCUAGAGGCACAGGGCCCGUUAGCGUUAGCAGCUCAGGACACAGGAGAGCGGGGCUGUCAGAGAGGGCCUGACCAGUUAAUGGAUUAAGAGAAACAGGCUUAGGGCCUGACUGCAGCGACAGAACUAAGAAGGCAGGAUUAUAAUGGCGUAAUUGGGGCAUUAGGUGCAUGCCACAGAUUAAAUGGACUUUUGCCAGCAUGGUAGACUUGAGACCAUUUCAAUAAACGGGCAAUAUAGGAUCACCUCACGCAAAUUGUGCUGGUUUUAUCUUUGUGCAGGCUUAUAGCUGGGGGUAGGGAUUAACUGCAGUUUCUGUAUAAAGCCUAUAGUCACAGUUAUUUCACCAGCACAUUUACUGUAGAACAGACCACAUAUGAUGCACCAAAGUUAUAUCAUACAACAGAACGCAUUUUAUUUAGCCAAGCUGCUACUUCCGGUUUUCUGCAGUGUAGGAGAUAUCGCAGUGCCCACUAGAGGGCAGCGAUCAGAUUUGAGUUUGCUUAGCAUUACGCACUUCCAUACAGAGAGCCCUGCUGGUCCCACAGUUAGAAAUGCAAUUAUAUUUCUUAAGUUUUUUUCUUUCUUUUUUUUUUUUUUUCUUAAUCCUCUACUCAUCACGUGAUGAGUAUCAGGUACAGUUUCUCUCAAAGGUUGUGUGUCAAUUUAAGGGGACGUUGCUGUGACAGAGUUGAGCCCACACACUGAUCACAGAGGACAGGCAGCUACCAAGUGCAGCGUUUACAUUUUGUGCGAGAUUCAGACAUUGCUUAUGCACGUGUGAGCGAGCUUUAACUGUAUACUGGGGCUCUGUGUGCUACUUCUGACCUGCGGGGGAAGGCUUUCAUCAGCUGCUUAAAUGUGGGGUCGGGAAUCGCCCAAAACCACAAGGCAGAAGAUUCUCCAAAUACCCGCACUUUGCCCCUGGGUCACUUCUGUGUAUAUGAUUGAUACUAUUUAGGCCAGUAUAAUAUACAGUGUAACAUGCUAAUUGGCAUAUUUUUAAGUGAGGGAAAAAAAUUAUAUUCUUAAAUAGGUCUUUAUUCCACCCCAACAGGAUUGAGAGGAUUGGGGAAAAGAGCUGCAUAUCCUGUAAAUGUUGGCUCUGUAUCUCUCAGUACAUGGCCAUUUCUACAAACUCGCACACACAAACACGCAUGUAUACGUAUUGCUGAAGAGUGAAGAAGUUGUAAAUAAGGGUUCAAAAGGAAAUACUGGAGUAAAAUGGAUGGUAUAUGAUGUAAUGCUCAGAGAAAGCGAAUGCUUAGUUUUGUACCAUUGUUCAAUGCUGGCUUUUAUUUUAUUUUUUUCUCUUGCUCUUUGUAUAUUGACACCGCUUCACAGAUUCUGCUUUUAUUUUUGUCUUUGUGAUGUCCAAACAAGCAAAAUAAGGAUAAAGAAAAGCCAAGAAGAGUAAAGGAAAAUAAAUAUAUAGUUUUGUCCUUAA